AUUUCUGUAACUUACUUCGAUUCCUACCCUAACCUGAGCCUCGUGCUAACUUCUUUUCGCUCAUUCAAAGUCAUAAGUCAAAUCGUAUUGUUAGUAGUUCUGAAUAGAGCGUCCGGUUUUCCAUCCAACGAAAUUCGACUCAUCCAUUUAUCCAAUUCUGCUCUCCCACAAUUUAAUACUUUUUCGUGCGUGUUAAGUUGGACUCUUAAACGUUUCAGUCCGUUUGACACCCAGUACCAACCCAUAACGCGACAAUAAACGGAGUUAUAAACUUUUAAAGUUUCCACAUUUUGUCCAACCUCUUAAAUUGACUCGAUCCACUGUGCGUCGCGUCGCUCGGAGGAGAAGAAGAAAGUAGAAAUAAGCCACGUAUCCUGCUUUAUUUUAAAAAUUACUCUUCAACUACAGUAUUUUAGGGGGAAAUGUUUGGUGCCGACCUGGAAAGUAGUGUUAUAGGUGAAUUAAGUAGCUUGAAUAUGUCAAAAAGAUCACAGCCAGCAUGGGAGCCUCCUACUUGCUCCAAUAAACCUGUUUUGAAACUCUUUAACAGCCUUACAAGGCAGAAAGAAGUGUUUGUCCCUCAAACGAGUAAUCAUAUAAAAUGGUACAGUUGUGGUCCAACUGUUUAUGAUGCCUCUCAUAUGGGUCACGCCAGAUCCUAUGUAACUUUUGAUAUUCUACGAAGAAUUCUGGCAGAUUAUUUUGGCUAUGAAAUAUCGUAUGUCAUGAACAUAACAGAUAUAGAUGAUAAGAUUAUUAAACGAGCCCGCCAAAAUUAUCUUUACCAACAGUAUUUAGAAAAAAAUCAUGAUCUAAGCACAACGCUUCUUCAUGCAAAGAAUGUAUUAGCUGAUGUCUCAGCAAAAGUGAAAGUAACGCAGGAUGACGAUAAGCGAGCAAUGCUUGAUAGGAUGGUUGGCAAAAUUACUGCAGCAGUGGAUUCUUUGGAAAAAGUUGUUGAAGCAAAUGAUGCAGAAAAUACUCUCAAAUAUCAAAAGGUUUUACUGGAGGAGAUGAAAGAUCCUUUGUCGGACUGGUUAGAUGGUGAACUUGGUGCCAAAGUCACUGAAAAUUCUAUUUUUUCAGAACUACCAAAGCACUGGGAGGCUGAAUUCCACCAAGACAUGGACUCCUUAAAUGUUUUAAGACCAGAUGUUCUCACACGGGUCAGUGAAUUUGUACCUGAAAUCAUUGCGUACAUUGAAAAAAUUAUUGAUAAUGGAUUGGCCUAUGAGUCUAAUGGCUCUGUCUACUUUGAUGUCGGUGCAUUCGACUCUAAAUCCAAUCAUCAUUAUGCAAAAUUAGUUCCUGAGGCUUAUGGUGAUGUCAAGUCUUUACAGGAGGGUGAAGGUGAUCUUAGCUGUGAAACGAAAGAUAAGCACUCGUUGAAUGAUUUUGCUUUGUGGAAAGCAUCAAAAGCAGGAGAACCAAGGUGGGACUCACCAUGGGGUCAAGGCAGACCUGGAUGGCACAUUGAAUGCUCCGUUAUGGCAUCAGCAAUUUUGGGGGAUUCCAUGGAUAUUCAUACAGGAGGUGUAGAUUUGAAAUUUCCUCACCAUGAUAAUGAACUCGCUCAAGCAGAGGCGUAUUAUGACAACAAUCAUUGGGUGCGUUACUUCCUCCACUCAGGUCACUUAAAAAUAGCCGGCUGCAAAAUGUCAAAAUCGUUGAAAAAUUUUGUCACAAUCCAAGAUGCGCUGAAGAGACAUUCAGCACGUCAACUGAGGUUUGCUUUUCUACUGCAUGCCUGGAAAGACACUCUAGACUAUAGUGAUAAUACCAUGGAGAUUGCUGUAAGCUAUGAAAAAAUGGUGAAUGAAUAUUUCCUCAGUAUCAAAGAUAUAAUUCGCAGCUCAAAAGAAAGUAGCUUAUCGGAUUCCUACGAAAAGUGGUCAGGGCGUGAGUUAGAUUUAUAUAAAAAAUUCGUCCAAACAAAAGAAAACGUUCACAAAGCUUUAUGUGAUAAUAUUGAUACCCGUAGUAGUUUAGAUGCUUUGCGGGAAUGCAUAACAUCUUGUAAUAUUUAUUGCCGCGACAGUGGAUCAAAAUUAAAUGUCACUCUCCUCCACCAAAUAGCUUUGUAUAUUACUAAAAUGAUGAAAAUCUUUGGAACCAUUACCUCUGACAACCAAAUUGGUUUUCCAUUAGCAAGCAACAGCACCUGUAAUCCAUCCAACGUUGAGGAAAUUGCAAUGCCAUACUUAAUGAUAUUAUCUCAGUUUCGAGAUGAUGUCCGUACCAUUGGAAAACACUUAAAAGCCAGUGAAAUUUUGCAGUUGUGUGAUAAACUCAGAGACGAUAUUUUACCUAAUGUAGGAGUUCGCUUGGAGGAUAUUGAAGGGAGACCCUCUGCUGUGAAACUAGUGGAUAAAGAAACACUAUUACAAGAAAAGGAAGCCAAGAAAGCUGAGGAGGCAAAACGAGCCGCAGAAAAGGCUGAAAAACAAGCAAAGUUAGCAGCAGCCCAGGCUUUGAAAGAUGCGCAAAGAAAAAUCCCACCCAGUGAACUUUUUAAAAGUGAGACUGACAAGUAUUCCCAGUUUGAUGAAACUGGUCUACCAACUCAUGAUCAGGAAGGAAAAGAAAUCAGCAAGGGUUUGAGGAAAAAGUUGCAAAAAUUACAGCAAGCUCAAGAAAAGAAGUACAACGAAUAUUUGGAUUCCAUGAAAAAUGGAAUUUAAUUUAAAUAAAUAGCUAUCUAUGUAAGAUUGUAGAAGAAUGUGGUAUGAGGUUUUUUUCUUAAUCAGGGCACUGGUAAAUGAGACUAUGAAAUGCUUUGAAUGUAUACUCUGAGCAACGUUUUAAAUCUUUAAAUCAAAUCAAUCAAACCCAAUUUUAUUUGAAGGUACAUGUUGGCCAUGAAACUUUCAAACCAUGUAUCUUGGUUUGAGACUGUGCAGACUUCCUGGCGUACUUUAUUUGUCAAAUAGAAAGCUACUCAAUGUCAACGCUUAAAAGCUACCUUGAUUUUUCCUCUCUCUGUGCGGAGAAAAUUCUUUGAAAACUUGAAGAAAUCAUGUUGAUUUGUUUCUCCUUUAAAAAAAUUAAAUAGGAGCAGAGAUUUUAAAACACUGCAAAUGAGAUGCGUUGUGUGAGUGUCUUACUAUCAAUAUUACUGUCGUCAAAUUUAUGAAUGCCAGGCUGAAAUGUAAUGCAAUAGCCAAACUAAUGUGUACUUCUAAGUUUUCAAACUAUACCCUGUGGUUGGAGAGUAAUCCUCUUUUCUUACAUAAUUUCGUAAGACCCGUCAUUCUCUUCUUUUUCCAGUGACAUUUAGUAAUAUUUUUUAAUUGAUUUGUCUGUAAUUCUUAUGAGAUGCCUUUUGAAUUAUUCUUCAGGCUGUUUCUUUUUUUGUAAAAGCAAAAAUUUUAUAUGAAAAUUAUUGUAAGGUCAAGUUAAAGGAUGCUCACUCUUCUAUAAAUGCUAGAUUUGCAUUACGAAUGCAUUUGUAGUUUUUAAGGUUAUCGUACUAUUAAAUACUUUUCAGCACAAGAAUCAUGAAAGGGAAAAACCUGCCUCUGUGAUAACUGGUACUUGUUUUAUCUCAAAAUAUUAUUCUAGUAAUUUAUUUUAUUGCUAAAUGAUCUUCUCAUUAUUUAUUUAUAUGUAGGUAUUUAAAACACUUGUUUACAUUUUCCUUUAUUCAUUUUAAAUCUUCUCGUGUUUGUGGCAAGACCUGACGUCCUACCCAUAUUGAUUUUUAGUGCAUUAGCAUUGUAAGGAUGAUUGAAUCCUCCAAUUUUUCUCAGUUGGAUAUCAAAGUCACUACCUUCUCAGCACAAGGCAAUCAGAUUAAACUAUGAUAAGAGUUAGUACAUUCAGGCCCAGUUGAGUUGUUAUUACCAAGUGGUUCGAGUGGGACUGUAUUUUGUAAUAAGGAACAAUGAUUUCUGGUUCACUCAUUAAAACACCUAUAUACAUAGAAAAACUAAUGGCACAUGUGUUUUUUCUUAAAUGAGUCAGAAAUUGUACUUUCUAAUUGCAAAAUGUAUUCCAACUAGAAGCAGAGUGUUCUCAUUUGAUCAUGAUGAAAAUUUCUAUCCAUUAAGUUAAUGGCAAUAUUUACUCACAGGUAUACCUAAUUGAUCAAUUUUUAUUAUUCUUAUGGUGGAAGAAGCUUCACUUGGCAGUUGUAGUUUGUGUUUUGAGUUCUCAAAGUGAAGCAAAUGAGUAUUGAAAUAGCAACAGCCUUUACUCAUGAUGCCUAUGUAACUGCUAUGUUUUCAAUUAGGCUUAAGUAAUCCAUUGAAGUAUUAUAGGUUAAUGUAUUUUUAUCUGAGCUGAUUCCUUCUUUUUUUCACUUGUUUUCAUAACGUCAGCGAGAACUUAACAGCAGCAAAUAAUUUGCUUUUCUUGAAACUUCCCUCAAUUUACUGUAUACAUUUCUAUUCUCCAAUCAAAGUAAAAUAUUUUUGUAAGUCCGAUUUUGUCAAAUAAAAUUCAGAAUAAAUAAUCUU